CGAGUGGAACGCCGUGAGAUACUUCCUCAUUAGAGAAUGGCGGCUGCCGCCUGCACUACCGUUAACAACGCUGCCGUUAACAACACUACCAACCCGCAGAAACAACACCGGAGGAAAAGUAGAGAUACGCGGCGGAGACAAGCAGCUCUCUUUUUCCUUAGUAACAUUUCACUAGAUGGACGGCCAGUACAACAGACAUACCAUGGAAACCGAGACAGCGAGUUGCUGGGGGGCGAUAUCGGGGCGACAGUGGCCGGGAUGUUAACCGUGUCUAGCUAUGGGACCUUCACUAACCUACCAACGUCUGUGAGCUGCGGGACCGUUGGGAACGUUUGCGCCGUUCCGGGACUCGGAGUUAUCACUGUCCCGCCUAUCCUCGUUCUGCCUUCGGACUCGUUCAAUGAUGGGACAACGGAGGUAUUUCUGGAGAGGCGAGGAGGAUCGUUUUCCUCGCAGGGAAACCUCCUCUCUCCCUCGGGUCUCCUUCCUACUCCUCUCGGACGGCGGAAGUCCUCCACGUUGCUGUCGGUCCAGAGUUGUAAUUCGGUGACUUCGGAACCGGGACGGAGUCGGACUCGUAACCUGUUGGGCUCCCCCAGACAUCACCCUGUGAAGAAGGUCCACUUCAUCAAGAACAUGAGACAAUACGACACACGAGGCAGCAGGAUCGUGUUGAUCUGUGCCAAGCGUUCUCUGUGUGCAGCCUUCUCAGUGUUACCCUAUGGAGAGAGCUUUCACAUCAGUGACUCCAAGUUGGACAGGUGUAGGCAUUCAUCAGGGAACAUCUCUACCAGUCUGGAGAUGAUGCCUGGACUGGAAGGGUUCGAACUGGAGCCCUACGGCAAGACGGUGUCAUAUGCCCAGUUUCUGUACCCGACCAACGCCCUGGUCCGUCAGAAGACCCCCUCGGUGGACAUUACCCUCCAGGUGCCCCUCAACCAGGUGACCCGGAACAGUAACCCCAGAAACUACACCCCAACCAGGCAAAACUGCAACGUGGGACUGGAUCUGGGUGUGGAUGAGGCAUCAGACUAUGACCCCAACCUUCUGAGUGACCCCCAGUGGCCCUGUGGGAAACACAAGAGAGUCCUGAUCUUCGCUUCGUACAUGACGACAGUGAUAGAGUACGUGAAGCCGUCUGAUCUGAAGAAGGACAUGAACGAGACGUUUAAAGAGAAGUUUCCUCAAGUCAAGCUGACUCUCAGCAAGAUCAGGAGUUUAAAGAGAGAGAUGCGUACAGUGGGUGACGACUGCGGCCUGCAGGCGGUCACCGUGGCGAUGGCAUUUGUUUACUUUGAGAAGCUGGUCCUCCAGGGACGACUCAACAAACACAACAGGAAGUUGGUCUCUGGAGCCUGCGUGCUGCUCGCUGCUAAGAUCAGCAGCGACCUCAAGAAGCAGGACGUCACUCAGCUCAUAGAUAAAUUAGAGGAGCGUUUCCGUAUCAGUCGGCGGGAGCUGAUCCCGUUUGAGUUCACUAUCCUUGUUGCCCUGGAGAUGGCUCUGUACCUGCCUGAGAGAGCCAUCAUGCCACACUACCGACGCCUGGUGCAGCAGAACUAGGGCCACGCCCACUGCUGCACCCACGCGCACGGGAGCCACGCCUACAAGGGUCUGGAGACUGGACAUGGGGGGUGGAGUGAGGGGAGGAGCCACGCCUACAAGGGUCUGGAGACUGGACAUGGGGGGUGGAGUGAGGGGAGGAGCCACGCCUACAAGGGUCUGGAGACUGGACAUGGGGGUGGAGUGAGGGGAGGAGCCACGCCUACAAGGGUCUGGAGACUGGACAUGGGGGGUGGAGUGAGGGGAGGAGCCACGCCUACAAGGGUCUGGAGACUGGACAUGGGGGGUGGAGUGAGGGGAGGAGCUACACCUGCUAGGUUCUGGAGACUGGUCAGGGAAUUCUCUGCCCCCUGGAAACCUGGGCGUUUGAUACCAUUCCACUCCAACCAUUACCACGAGCCCGUCCUCCCCAAUUAAGGUGCCACCAACCCCCUGUGCUAAGCACCAUAAAACUCAGAGACUUACUCACCUCAGUAGCGACACUGCUAUUUUACUCUCACCUUGAAGAAGUAUAAAUUACACCGAUCAGUCUUCCUACAUUUGCUGGUAUUAUUAUCAACAUGCAGUAUAUAGUUACUACACUUUCUAAACCUGAACGUUGCCAUGCUUCCACGUGCCACAAGGGGGUGCUACGGUUCAGCAGUAGCAUUGCAAGAAUACCAGUUAUUCUUCAUACACACUUAUAGGGCUGACCUAAACUGUACCGUUCUGGUUCGGGUUUUCUUCUCUCUUCACAUGGUCCGUUCCAGCAGGGUUCCAGCAGGGUCCCCAGCAGGGUUCCAGCAGGGUCCCAGCAGGGUCCCCAGCAGGGUCCCCAGCAGGGUCCCCAGCAGGGUUCCAGCAGGGUUCCAGCAGGGUCCCCAGCAGGGUCCCCAGCAGGGUUCCAGCAGGGUUCCAGCAGGGUCCCCAGCAGGGUCCCCAGCAGGGUUCCAGCAGGGUCCCCAGCAGGGUUCAGGCAGCUUUGGUGGACGUGUCACCAGGCCAGUUUGGCUCGGUUUGGUCUUAUAUGUGGGAAUCGAACAUAAGAGUAACACACAAACCAGGGAAGGACCUUCUACAUCACCUUCCUGCCAGGGUGUUAAAGGGAAAACAAAUACAAGAAACAUCAGAUUUAACCAAAAAAAUCAGUUUCAUUUAUUUAUCCUGUUUUAAAAUGUAUAUUUAUUAUAUUUGAUUUAUUUAUUUGAAAAAUAAGGGAUGUUUAUAUUAGAACCAAACCAGUUCAUUAUUCUGCACCUCUUUGUGGUGUACCUCACAUAACUUUUCUUCCAGCAUUAUAACCAAGCGUCCCUUAGUAAGGUGUCAUCCCAAAUAGAGCCCUAUCCCCUAACCAAGCGUCCUUUAGUAAGGUGUCAUCCCAAAUAGAGCCCUAUUCCCUAACCAAACGUCCCUUAGUAAGGUGUCAUCCCAAAUAGAGCCCUAUUCCCUAACCAAACGUCCCUUAGUAAGGUGUCAUCCCAAAUAGAGCCCUAUUCCCUAA